AUGGCUCCGAAUUAUUUUCAAAAGCCCGAGGCCGCUUUGAAGCGCGCCGAAGAACUCAUUCAAGUCGGAAAAGAGUCGGAUGCUUUGGACACUCUCCAUGACACCAUUAAAGCUAGAAGACACAAACAAUGGACACAAACUCAUGAGGCCAUCAUGAUCAAGCACAUGGAACUGUGUGUGGAUCUGAAGAAGCAACACCUAGCGAAGGAUGCGUUGUUCCAGUACAAAGCUCUUACUCAGCAGAUCAACGUGAAAUCGCUCGAAACAGUCGUCGAACAUUUCCUGAAACUCGCCGAAAGCAAAACCGAAGAAGCUCAGAAGCAGUCGAUAGAGAAAGUUGAAGAAAUCGGAGAUCUCGAUCAAGGAGACGUUCCAGAACGUCUUCUCCUCGCCGUCGUCUCCGGAGCAGCCGCCCAAGACCGAAUGGAUCGUACCGUUCUCGCACCAUGGCUCCGUUUCCUCUGGGAUUCCUACAGAAAUUGUCUGGAAUUGUUGAGAAACAACGCUCAAGUCGAACAUCUUUACCAUCAAAUCAGUCGUCACUCGUUCAGUUUCUGUCUCCGAUACCAGCGACGUACCGAGUUCCGCAAACUCUGUGAUCUUCUCCGUAUGCAUUUGAAUCAAAUUCAGAAGCAUCAAUAUGCACCGAAUGUCAACUCAUUCCGCGUUAAACUCACCUCCCCGGAGUCAUUGGCACUUAUGCAAGACACUAGAUUGGUUCAGUUGGAUACUGCUAUUCAGAUGGAGCUCUGGCAAGAAGCUUACAAGAGUGCCGAAGACGUGCACGGAAUGAUGCAACUCUCCAAAGACAAGGAUAAGAGAACUGUGAAGCCAUCCAGUUACGUCAACUACUAUGACAAACUCGCUCUUGUCUUCUGGAAGGCUGGAAACAGUUUGUUCCACGCCGCUGCUCUCCUUCAAAAGUUCAUUAUCUACAAGGACAUGAAGAAGUCGUUCACACAAGAAGAAGCUCAAGAGCAGGCUACCCGUGUUCUUCUCGCCACUCUCUCCAUUCCAGAAGGAUCUGAUUCUCCAUCGGAUUUGUCAAGAAACCUUGAUAUCGAGGAGCAACACGUUGCCAACAUGAGACUUCUCUCCAACUUGCUCCGUCUUCCAAUCGCCCCAACUAAGAACGGAAUUCUCAAGGAGGCCGCUCGUAUUGGAGUACCAGAGGCUUCUGGACAAAUUGCCAAGGAUCUUUACAAACUUCUUGAGAGCAACUUCUCUCCACUGAAAGUCGCUAAGGAUGUUCAAGCUGUUCUUGAUACCAUAACUCGUCCAGAUCAUCAACAAUAUGUUGAAUCUCUUCAAGCUGUUGCUGCAGUCAAGGCUUUGAAGCAAGUUUCGGUUAUUUAUGAGGCUAUCAGCUGGGAAAGAAUCCGCAAAAUCAUUCCAUUCUACUCGGAUUUGGCCCUUGAGAGAGUCGUCGUUGAGGCCAGCAAACACAGAAUCGUGAAGGCUCAAAUCGAUCAUCGUGCCGAUUGUGUUCGCUUCGGUUCCUCGGAUGCUACACUCGCUGGAGGAGUUGAUGAAUGUGAUAACAACGAGGGAUUCACCGGAGAUGAUACUCAAUUGGGAGUUGAAGGAGUUCGUAACCAUCUGGAAGCAAUGUACACUCGUCUUCGUGUUCUCGUCGAAGGACUUGAUGCGGAGAAACGACGCAAGGAGAUGGUCCGUAAAAUCGAGAACCAUGUUACCAGUUACGAGAAGAACCGUCCAACCGAGAUAGAUCGUAUCCACCGACGCAAGAAGAUGCUCGAGAACUACAAGGAGAACUGGGAGCGUGUCAAGGCUGAAAAGACUCUGCAAGCUGCUACUGAACAAGCUAAACGUGAAGAAGCCGCUCGUGCUGAGGAGAUGAAGAGGCUCGACGAGCAGAAUAAGGAGAGUGAGCGGAAGAGAAAGCAGGCUGAAGCCGAGGAGAUUCAGAAGAAGAUCAAACAAGAUCAACUCUACAAAAUGCAACAGAACGCCAUCUACCAAGCCAUCAUCAAGGAGAAGGGACUCGACCAAUUCCGUGAUAUGGAUCCAGAGCAAGUGUUGCGCGAGCAAAGAGAACGAUUGGAUAAGGAGAGAGCGGAGACUCAACGGCGGUUGCAGCAACAGGAGAAGAACUUUGACCAUCAUGUGCGUGCUCUCCACUUGGAAGAGAUGAACGAGCGACGUGCUGUGAUGCAUAUGAGAAUGAAUGAGGCGCCGAAACUUCAUGACCAGUAUGAAGAGCAGAGAAUUGCUAAGGAGAUUGCCGCUCACGAGAAACACGUCCAAAUUUGGGCGAUGUGGGAUCAAGUCCGUGACGCUACUCUCGAAUGGGUCGAAGAAGUCAAAGUUGACAACCGAGACAACCUUGAGAAGAAGAUUUCCGAGUGGGAAAUCAAACUCGAAGCUGUUCGUAACAGUCGUCUCGCCGAGCGUGCCGAAAAGCGUAAGAAGGAGAGAAAGGAGUUGGCGAUGCAAGCGAAGAUCGCCGAAGAGCGUAAACGUCGUGAAGAUGAGGAGCGUGCUCGUCAAGCUGUCAUCGACAGCCAACGUCGUCCACAUGAUCGUGACGGUCGUCGUAGAGAGAUGGAGAACUCCGCCGCUAUGCAAGACAACGAUUGGAGAAGAAAUGCUCCAGCACGCGACGCACCACCACCAAGAGAUUCUCGCCCAAUGCGCGGUGAUGGACCGACUCGUGAGCCACGUGAACAAUUCAUUCCUUCCUCCAAAGCCGACACCGAUUCGUCGUGGAGAUCGUCGGCGCAACCCCGCAAACCUGAUGACCGUCGUAGCGAAGAGUUCCGUCGUGAUGAUGGACCACGUCGCGGUGAUGAUGGACCACGCCGAAGCGACGAUUUCCGUCGUAACGAAAAUGAUGGACCUCGUCGUGGCCCACCUCUCCCUGUUUCGAAGGCUGACACCGUUGAUAAGUGGGAGCGUGGAGCGAAGCCUGUCACCUCACCACCUCAAAAGACCGAAUCCCCACCAGCCGCCGCCCCUGAGCCGAAAUCCGAUGGACCCAAGAAAUUCGUCCCACCGCAUCUCCGAAACAAACAAGGCAGUGGCACACCGUCCGAAGAAACAUCUCCACGCAACGGAGCCAAUGUUUCCAGCCCUCCAGAUCGUGCUCAAGGACUCCGAGGCCCACCACCACCAUCAUCCGGUGGCCCGGGAGGACGCAACCUGCCGCCACGUCGUACCGAUGGACCGCCACAACGCAAUUCGGACACCUCAAGAAACGCUGAUACCGGAAACUGGAGAAAAUAA